UGGGAGGGUCGGGAUGCUUUAGGAAGCCCCUGGCCGGCACCGAAAUGCUGGAGAGCACCCCUGGGUGUCCCUGGAAGUGGCAGAGGCAGAAAGAAAAUAAUGGCUGGUAAUGACGACCUCUUAAAGAAUCUGCAGAACAACUUGCAAGAGCUGAACAAUCUCCGCUCUAGGUAUUACAUAUCAGCAAAACGUACCUUGUCUGCAGGUGCCAAGUCCUUGCUUCGUGACCAACAACAACUGCCAAGGGAAAAUAUGAACAUCCAGCCGUUUGCUCCUAGAAAGAGCAUCCGCCACCGUAACCCCUACUGGCCUGAUGAAGAAAUCCGGACCUUCAUUGAGAUCUGGGGAGACGACCAAGUUCAAGCCUCACUGGCCACCAAUUUUCGCAACGAGGCUCAGUAUGAGUGGAUCUCUGAUCGGAUGCGGGAAUACGGCUAUGAUAGGGAUAUGAAGCAGUGCCGUUUGCGUGCCAAAGAGCUUCGGCGAGGAUACAAGGCCAUUGUUUGUGGAAACAACUCCUCUGUGAGUGGCCAACGUGCCCUGCCAUUCUAUGAUUCCUUGAAUAGUUUCCUGUGCAUGCACAAAGGCCUGGUGGUGUCCAAAGUCUCCCUCUCCAUAGAUCGGAGGAAUCGAGAGGCACAAAAGCUGGGGCUUGAGCAGGAGAAAAACGAAAAACUAAGCGUCGUCCUCGUUUCCGAUGACGACGAAGCCUCCAUCCCAGAGCCUGCAGAUGACUCAAACGGCUAUUUUCAAGACCCGCGGAUGGAUUCCGACCCCAUGAAUACCCAAUCUCCAGGUGAUGAAUGGGAGCAGCACGAAGAAGACGACAUCCUGGCAGAUGAUGAGGCUUUGCCCCAUUUCCCCAGUGCUAGAGGAGAGAGCCAUUCGGCUGUCAAUUCAGGCCCAUCCAGCUCUUUCCCCAGGGGGCCCCUGGCUGACACUGACAGAGCAAGCAACCACUGGAGCAGGAAGCAGAGGAAGCAACCCGACGCUGCCUCGGACCUCGUGGACGCCAUAUCGCAAGUGGGCGACAGGCUAGUGGGCGCCCUGUCCGAUUUGCACUCGAGGCACAGGGAGACGUCUGAGCUUGCACAGGCCAGGGAGAGCAACGCCCGCAAGGAGGAGUUGACCAUCCUCGCAAGCCACGUGGGCCAGGCCACAAAAAACAUGGACAAACUCAUCACUCUUAUGGAGGCGUCGACCAGGCGGAUCGCAGAUGCCAUGGACAGGCAAACAGCUGCCUUGGAGAACCUGGCACGGUUGUUUGCCACCAGGGCGCCACCUCCUCCUCCAGUGCCCUCCGCAUCCCAAGGGCAGCCUCCGCAUUCCUCCCCAAGCACCUCUGUACUCCUCCCAUCAUCAUCGCUGCUGCCACCGCCGGUGCUGCACAAUGCUCCAAACGCUUUGGGGGCACACCACGCCAGUGCUCCCAAAGCGCCAGAAUCGCCAGCGCCCAGUGAGGCUGAGGAACGCCAGCCAGAGAAAAAGAAAAUAAAAACAGAAGGCAACUAGUGGAAUCUCAUCAUUUGACAAUCCCUCAAACAUGCUUCUUUGCUCUCAUUGGGUAGACACUCAUCCUUUUUUUAAAAAAAAAACUCCUUUGAGGGGGAAAGUCAGGAUGGUGGAAGCUGUAACAAAUAUUUUUUUUAAAAAAAAAUGUAGCCAGAAUUUAAGUUUGAAGGUAUGUCUGCGUAGAAGAGGGAAGGAUGAGCUUUGCCUAGGAUGACAAAACUGUACAGUUCACUGGCAUUCCACUACUCUGUCCCUUGCUCCAUAUUCUGCUGCUUCGUUAUGCAAUUUGGACUGCAGUCUCGUGCACACUUGCUAGGGAGUAAAGCCCCAUUGUAUAAGUUUGGGCAAGUGUGGUUCAGAUCUAGGCUUGGGCCACAGAGAAGGUUGGUUCAAAAUCUCUGCUCAGCUCUGAAGUUGGUUGGUGGCCUUUGUCAGCUCCCUGUGAGCUGCUGUUUUUCCUCUCUCCAAAUGGGUAAUACAAAUAAUCUGCACUGCUUGGUGGUUUUGAAGAUGAGCAAUUUGAAGACUGUGAAUCAUUGUGCACAGCGAAACUUAUAUAAAUGAGUGGAGAACAUUCUUUUUUGAUAUAUAAUAUGUUGUUAAAAUCAGUGAAAUGCACGGGGAGCGAUGGGCUCUUUUCCUCCCUUGUCUCAAUGAAACCAUGUCUUUAUUGGCAAACAAAACUAGUCUUCAAAUACUAAAAUAGAACAUUUUUAAUGUGGUUCAAAGCCCAAGCUCUGGCCCUCCAGAUGAUGUUGAACCACAACUCCCAUCAGCCCUAGCAAGUAUGACCAAUGGCCAAGGAUAAUGGGAGUGGUAGUUGAACAACAUCUGGAGGGCCAGAGGUUCCCCAUUCUUAUAACCUGUGAAGGAAAUAACCACCACAGCUGGAGAACUAUCCAUUUUGGAAGUCUCCAUUUUGUAGCUCAUGCAGGACAAAAUGGGUUAGUAAGAGAAGCAAAGCAAACCUUUGGCUUUCAAAGAACUCCUUGCACUUGAGAGUUCUAUGAAACUCAUCUCUACCCAGCCACCAACCUUGUAGAGGAGAUCAAGGACUAAACACCAGGAAGAACUUUAUGACAGUAAGAGUUGUCUGACAUUGGAACAGUCUCCCUCAGGAGAUUGUGGACUCUCCUUCAUUGGAGGUUUUUGAGCAGAGGUUGGAUGGCCCUUCCGUCAUGCUUUCGUUGAGAUUCCUGCAUUGCAGGGGGUUGUACUAGAUGGCCUUUGGGGGUCCCUUCCAACUCUUAUGAUUUUAUGGCUAAGUCAGGGGUGGAGAACCUCCAGGGUUAAUCCUGCAGUGGUGGCACACAGCCUGCUCCCUGUCAAAAUUGGCACUUGAGGACAAUCAUGGAGUCAAAAAAGGUUCCUCAACCCUGAACUCAGGAUUUUGUUUCUUUAAAGUUAGCCUGCCUGUUGUUUCUGGGCCGCACACAAAGGGGGGGUAUGCUUAACCCCACCAUCUGGCACCCUGACCAUUGCUUGUGGAGAAACCAGACUCCAUGAAUUAGUCUUCAAAGCCUUCAAGCGAGUUCCAUAAGUUAAUUUUGUGCAGAGUGAAAAGUACUUCUGUUCAUUAGUCCUGAGAUGUACCGACAAUCAACUUCGAUUAUGAUGCCAUUGUCUAGAUAUUGGAAGAGUGAAAUACUCCCGUCUCCCUUCCUAGUUGCCCCUUCCUCUCUCAUUCUUCAGGUGGGCAACUAUGACUGCACAGAGAAAAGAUUAUUAGCAGCCUCAUGAACCAAUGCAGCUGGCCUGACAGAGGCACACCGUGCAAGCUGGAAUUUCUCCCGUUACAGUUUCUUUUACAUUUUUGGAGAUAGGACGGGAGUGUAAAUUGUAUUAGUGCUCGACUGCGACUGCAAAUAGCUGCUUGCAGUGGGGACGUGAGUGGGGAAAGGGAUUGGCAAGAGUCCCAGUCCCCAUGAUGGGAAACAGUUCCAACUGACCUAGGUCAGGGUGAGUGUCUUCAUUCCUAUAUUUGAAAGCACUGUGCACCACCACCCCAGGUGAAGGGGACGUUUGUUCCUUAAACAAAGUAUGUGGUCAUUUCAGACAAGCAACCCAUUUUUUAAAAAAUGCAUAUUUGGGAACUAGAGGCCUGCAUCCAAAGAUUUGGCUGGUUAUUUCAGCCUCGCAACUAAGGCUCCAAAUAUUACUAGCCUGUUAAGGGGCUAGCGGCUUCUGUUUCCACGGCGGCUACAGAGAAGGAGCCUUACCUCUUCUUGGCAUGCUGAGAGAGAGGGAAGAACGCCUUCUAUGAAGCAGCCUGCUACAUUUUCAGGAACGCCAUGAAGGAAGGAACAAAGCAGACAGCAUCAAAAUGCCACAUAUCCUGUAGUGUGGGGCUCACGGAAGUUGCGAGUAAAAGGUGUGUGAGAGAGUUUUGCCAAUACAUUCUAAGCUCAUAUGCUAUUGAAGAGGCACUGUCACUUUUAACUGAAAAGUGCAGAGUGCUCUUGUUUCUCAAAUGCCUAGUUGUAACUGGGAUCUCUACUGUAGAAGAUCAGGGUUAUGCUUCACCUAAGUAAUACUAAUUUUGUUU